AUGCCUCUUUUCAAGCCAGACGAUGUCAACAGACCAGUUCUUUCGCAAUUUUCGCUUGCGGGGAAGGUAGUCGCCGUUACUGGGGGCGCCCGUGGGAUUGGUGUUGAAAUAGUGCGGGGGCUCGCUGAAGCGGGCGCCGACGUUGCUCUGCUCUACACAUCGAGCAAAGAUGCAGACGAGACGGCUGCCAGCAUCGCAGACGCGACUGGUGUCCGAGUAAAGGCAUUCCAAUGCAACGUAGCCGAUCGUGCCAAUGUUUUCGGCGUAGUUGAGGACAUCGUGCGCAACUUCUCUCACAAUGGCCGGUUAGACAUCAUGGUCGCUAAUGCUGGAGUCUGUGCCGACGUCCCCGCACUGGAAUACACCGAGGACACUUGGCGACAGAACAAUAGUGUUAAUCUUGACGGCGUGAUGUGGACGGCGCAGGCUGCUGGGCGGAUCUUUAAGGAACAAGGGAAGGGGAAUCUGAUCAUCACUUCUUCAGUCAGCGCGACGCUGGUCAACAUCCCUCAGAAGCAGGCUGCGUAUAAUGCUUCAAAGGCUGCAGUGACACAUCUGGCCAGGUGUCUUGCCGUUGAGUGGGCUGAUUUCGCUCGUGUCAAUUGUGUCUCGCCAGGUUUUAUCAUGACAGAAAUGCUUACGAACCAGCCCAAAGAGCUGUUCCAGAAAUGGCUUGACAUGAUUCCCGGGAAGCGUAUUUGCGAUGCCGCUGAGCUCAAAAGUGCUUAUGUAUUCCUCGCAAGCGACGCCUGUUCUUACAUGACAGGAGCUGAUAUGGUCAUUGACGGUGGAUACACUUUGCCAUAG